CUUCACGUUGCUGCGUACAACAAUCACGCCGACGUUGUUGAGACUCUAAUCAGAGCUCGAGCUAACAUUGAAGCCGGUCACGGCAAUGUGGGCACCGCUCUGCACUUCGCUGCACUGCGAGGCCAUUGCAACGUCAUGAGUAGGCUCAUUGAACGCGGGGCCUGUGUUAACGCUAUCAGCGAGAAAUACGGUCCGGUGAUCAACGCCGCAAUCCUUUCUGGAACUGUGGAUGCCGUGAAGCAGAUUAUGAAUGCCGAAGGCAUCCGCGUGAAUGUGACUGGAGGAAGCGAUAAAUCAACGCCUUUGAUCAAUGCUGCUACCCGCAUGCCGACUGAAUGUGUGGAGCUAUUGCUCAAGGAAAAUGCCGACAUCAAUGCAAAGAACACGGCUGGCGAUACAGCGCUAAUAAUGGCUGCACUCAAGGGCAACGAGACUUGUGUUAGAGUUCUCUGUCAGCAGGGUGCAGACGUGACCCACCAAAGCCCACGUUACGGUCUAGCGAUUCAAGCUGCUGCUCAAGGG